AUGAUCGCGGAGCGCGUGCAGGACGUGCGUGGCGUGGUGGCUGCGUACGACGGGGAGGAUGACGUGGCGCGCGCGUUCAAGGAGCGCAUGUCCCACCUCGCCCACCAGGCGCCGCGCCGGAAGGGCCUUAUAGGCGCCCCUGCGGCCGCCGCCGCGGCGCGGUAG